AUGGACCACAUCGAAGAAGCCGUUGCUUGCGCACUCAGCCCCACCGCAGACCCUGCUCUGAAGCAACAGGCGACACAAUACUGCGAACAAGUCAAGGCGUCUCCUGAUGGAUGGCAAUCUUGCCUGACGCUCUACAUUCGGGAGCCCAAAAGCACCCCCGAAACCCGCAUGUUCUGUCUACAGGUUGUCGAAGAAGUACUCAUGACCAGAACCAACACGCUGGAUGAGACACGACUAAACUACUUUCGACAGACCUUCAUGGACUACAUCCAACGGGAAUUCGUCAACAAUGGCAUCGACAACACACUGAGCUCAGAACCUUCAUAUCUCAAGAACAAGUUUGCACAUGCAGUUGCACUUCUAUUCCGCCAAACAUAUAUGAAGUCAUGGACCACAUUCUUCUCCGACAUGCUCAGCCUCAUCACCCCUCUGCCUCAGUCUUCAGGGAAAUCGAACAUGAUGAUGGUGGACCUCUUCCUCAGGAUCUUGAUGUCGAUCGAUGAGGAGGUCGUCAACACUCUCAUUUCCCGAGUCAGCUCUAAGGAAGAGAACACUCUCAACAUCAACAUUAAGGAUCGCAUGAGAGAGCAGGAUGUUCCCACACUCGCUAACGUAUGGUACGAGUUGUUGACAGAGUACAAGGACCGCUCUCUUGAUUUCGCAGAGAUGCUGCUUCGCAUCGUCGGAGUCUAUGUGGCCUGGAUCGACAUCUCACUUAUUGUCAAUGAGAGAUUCGUGACUCUUAUUUACAGUUUCUUGUUGACGACGUCUAUCCGCAAUGCUGCUGCCGACAGCUUGACCGAUAUCAUCAAGAAGGGAAUGAAGCCUCUGGACAAGCUGCAGCUCAUCGGCAUCCUUGGCAUUGUUGACGUCUUGCAGCAACUCGAUAUCUCUUCUGAUUCAGAGUUCCGCGAAAAGAUUGCUCGCCUUGUCAACAACCUCGGUCUCCAACUUUGCCAGAUCUGGAACGACACCAACCCUCAGAGCAACUCGAACUACCCUCCCACCGCCAACCCUACCGCCUACACACACAUCUCGCAGCUGGUGCCCAUCCUUCUCCAGUUUUUGCGUGACGAGGAUAACAAUGUCACGGAGGCUGUUUUUGGUUUCUUGCGCGAGAUUCUUAACAUCUUCAAGGUGAUCAAGAAGACCACUGGCUCGUUGCCACAGGAACAAAAGGUGCUCCUCCGCCAGAUUUUGGAAUCGAUCGUUAUGAAGAUGAAGUACGGCGAGGACAUGGACUGGGUUUGCGUUGCUAUCGCUGGAGGUUCAGAAUCCGUCGGUACCAUCGGCGAAGACUCGAUCGGCGACGACGAGAUGCUCGAUUUCUUGGAGAUGCGUCGGGAAUUGAAGCGAUUCUACGAUCAGAUUGCAUCUCUCUCGGCUAGCCUUACGACCACCUUCUUGCACUCUGCUGUCACCUCGACCUUGACGACAUUUGUAAACGAGAAGGCUACAGGAUCUGCAGGAUCUUCUGAUUGGAGGGAUCUGGAGUUGGCGCUCUACUUGCUUUACCUUUACGGAGAAGCCAUCAAAGGCGUUCCCCAGUUUGCUGUUGGCGCGCCAACGAUCGGCGCUAACGGUGGCAAGAUUGUGAACCCCGUCCCUCAACCAGGAGCUCCAUUGACCCCUCUGGGCGAGUGCCUAUUCGAGAUGUGCAAGAGCGGCGUGUCAGCCUAUCCUCACCCAUCUGUCUCGGCCAACUUUUUCGAGAUUGCCUGCCGUUAUGCCAACUUUUUCGAAAUUCGCCCCGACUGCAUUCCUGAGGUCCUGGAGGCGUUUGUCGAUGCACGUGGUCUCCAUCACCCAAUCUCAGCCAACCGUACGCGUGCAUGGUACUUGUUCUGGCGCUUCAGCAAGGAUCUCAAGCUCAAGUUGACGCCCUAUCUCCAGACGGUGCUGAACAGUAUUCAGGAUGUUUUGACGGUUGAGGCUUCGCUUCCCGGAGCGUUGAACCCCGGUUUCGAUCUCUCCACGUUCAAGGACCAAGUCUUUGAGACAAAGACCUACCUCUUUGAAGCUGUUGGACUCUUGAUCUCGCAAGAAUGUAUACCCGCUCAGCAACAGUUUGAGUACCUGACUGUAGUUGUCAGCCCAUUCCUGUCCGAGAUCCAAAAGAGUCUGGAAGCUUGCCGAUCGAUCCAACAGAGCUCGAACGGAACGAUUCAGGAUAACAUGACAGUAAUGGCAGGAACACCCCGCUAUCGGGAUUUAGAGCUUGUCUGGACCCUGCACCACCGUCUGAUGGCGCUCGGCAGUAUCGCCAAGGGAUUCCCAGACAUGCUGGGCAACAAGAAGGUCGCCGCCAAUGCCGCUGCUAUGGGCUCCAGCCCCUGCUCGCAGAUCUUUAAGCAGGUGGCAGAGAUCACAUUGGUGGCGCUCGAGACGCUUUCUCGCUUUGAGGUGAUUCGUUCGGCUUCCCGGUUUACAUUCGGUCGCUUGAUCAACUGCCUUGGUCAGGAUGUGCAGCCCUACUUGCCUACCUUGAUCACUGGUUUGCUGCAGGAAUGCUCGGUCAUGGAGUUGGUGGAAUUCUUGCCAUUCAUGGGCCAGGUGGCGCACAAGUUCAAGGCGACGAUCAUGUCGAUUCUGAACGGGCUGUUCUUCCCCCUUGUUCAGAAGGUGUUUUUCUUCUUGAACCAGGUUGCCAAUGGAACGGAUGAGGCCAUGGCUUUGGCGGAACUCCGCAAGAGUUAUCUCACCUUCCUGAUGGGCUUGUUUUCGUCCGAGCUCGAGAAUGUUCUCAUCACGGACCUGAAUGGACAGCAUUUGGGAUUGAUUCUUCAGAGUGUGUUGCACUAUGCACAGGAUCUGAGUGAUAUUCCUGUGAGCAGGAUGGCGUUUGGUAUUCUAUUGAAGGCUGUCAACUCUUGGGGAAGUCAAGGCGAGUCUUCGGGAGCGGCGGCAGCAGCAGCACACGCCAAUGGCAAGAAUGGAGUGAGCAAUGGAUCGUCUGGGAGCGGUGGUGGUGGAGACGGAACAGGAGAAAAGUUGGAAGCGCCUGGAUUCUACCAGUUCAUGUAUGAGCAUAUCCUUCGCAUUACGUUCGAGGUGCCUAUGAAGCCCAAUUUUGACUUGCAGGAUGGCCAAUCGGUGCUUGUUCUUGGCGAGAUUGCGGGAUUGCAAAAGGCGAUUGCGUUGAAGCAGGGAGGUACGUUCUUGAGCUAUUUGAGCCAAGUGUAUUUGCCAUCGAUCCACUGUCCGCCCGAGCUUGCGCAAGAAUACAUCCAGGCCCUGCAGCAAUUGGAUGCCAAACAGUUCAAGAAGUACUUCCAGGCAUUCAUCCAAAAAUCCAGAUCCUGA